AUGAAAUUUCAAUAUAAGGAAGAAUAUCCAUUUGAAAAAAGAAAAGCAGAAGGUGAAAAAAUAAGGAGAAAAUAUCCGGAAAGAGUUCCAGUCAUCGUCGAAAAAGCUCCAAAAGCAAGGAUUGGAGAUUUGGAUAAAAAAAAAUAUUUAGUACCAUCGGAUUUAACCGUUGGACAAUUUUAUUUUUUAAUUAGAAAAAGAAUUCAUUUAAGACCCGAAGAUGCAUUAUUUUUUUUUGUUAACAACGUUAUUCCACCAACAUCAGCCACAAUGGGAAGUCUUUAUCAGGAACAUCACGAAGAAGAUUUUUUUCUUUACAUUGCUUAUUCCGAUGAAAAUGUUUAUGGAGCUUAA